CGGGGACACUGUGAUGGUGAGAGUGACUCCGGAGGAGGUAGGAGAAUGGGAUGUGGGGGAUGCCCGCCGUCUGGACGCGGCGGCGGGCCCUGCGGUGAGGACAGGAACGCGGAGCGGCGGGGUAUUGCGUUGGCAAGAGUGACGAGUGGAGGAGGUCGGAGAACGGGAUCUGGAGGAGCGUGUCUGGACGAACGGGUUAUGGAGGAGCGUGUCUGGACGCCUGCCACAUCAGCAGUGCCACGUAAGCAGCAGUGCCACGUCAGCAACAUGACGUGCCUGCCAGGCCAACUGGCCAAUGAGACCAUUGCCGCCUACAAGCAGCGUUGCCUGGAUCAGAUAGAGGCUGAGGAACAACGCCUGCUGGCAGUCGAGGCUGCCCGCAUACAAGCUGAAGAGGCAGCAGCAGCAGAGAAACUGCGGCUACAGGCCGAUGCAGAAGCAGAUGCCCAGGCUCGCCGAAAGGAAGCCCAGGAUCUGCUGCACCGGCAUGAAGCCAACAGCAUCGACAGACUCAAGUACUGGCAUUUUAAACCGAACGGCGACGACGCAACACCGGAAGAGAAGCACGAGGAGUUCCUCUCCAAACUCGUGACGCGGUUGUUGUAUGCUUGCAACUACCAAMGGUCAGAGUUGGAGAGACAGUACCAGGACCUGACGCAACAGCAUCAGAAGUUGGCACAACUCCGCCGCAUGGUGCAGAGCCACGAGGAUGCAACCCUGGCACUCAAUGCCCGAUUGCUGGACCUGGAACAGGCUGUACCAGGACCAACUGCUGGAGCUUCCAGCAGUGCACCCUCAAGCCGCCAACUGGAGGACCGCGUUGACCACGUAGUGGCAAUGCUCGGCGACAUCAGCACCUUCGCUGCGCCGACCACCACCAUCAGCARUCAGCUGCAUACAUUGAAGACCGAGGUCCAGAAGCUGCAGUCGACRAACGCGGACGACAAUCCGAAGAUGUACAAGAUGCCAACUUUCAAUCAGGAGAGGUUCGACGACUACACGCAGCAGGAUCCCGUCCUCUGGUGGGAAGAAUUCACAACGCAACUCAGGAUUCUGCCAGUAGCCAAGCAUGCGUACAUCGGCGCCCUGUUCCUGAACUCAAAGGGCGGAUGCCAGACCUCGUUGAGCCACCUGGCAACCUCCCACGGCGUCGACGUACCAGACUUGAAGGACGUAAUCACAUGGGARGAACURACACGGCUGUGGAAGAAGCRGUUCAUCGUCGACGACGCGCCGACACUCGCCAUCAACCGUUUGUUCACCAUGUCACAGGGCAACACAGCAACACGGGACUGGCUCACGGAGUGGCAGAAGAUUGCGGCUGGCUGCAUUACAACAUUAAUUGUUCGGAUCACUGGUAUCUAAGUCUUCCGCUGUGCUAUCUUAUACUUUGUAUUGAAAGGUCGGUUCUUGUUCUGGUCUGCACCUAUACGGUAUGCAACACCAAG